AAAUAAGUAGAUACUCGAGUGGGUAUAUUUAGCAGUUGCUUGCACACAAUCCGUAUCGAAUUUCUCUUACUUCCUAAGUGAAUAUCACUAAAUUAUAAAGAUGCUUAGAACUAAUAUUUUUGUGUUUGUUUCAACAAUGCUGGUUUUUGCGAAAACCUUACCAGCAUUAAAAAAUACUAAUGGUCAUGAGAUUAUUGAUGGGAACUGCUCCAGUACUCCUUACGAUGACAGGGUAUACUAUGACCAUGUUGAUAAAACCAGCUGGCCAUUCAUCAUCAGAUCUGAAACGGUCACGUACUACGGCGACAGACAAAUUUACUGCAUACAAGCUCUAAACCAGAAAGUUAAUGGGACUGGAGGAUCAGCUAACAUUACUGAAGGCGGCGUUGGACAUAAUUUCGUAGUUGUUGAACUAGAAUCAAACAGAAGUCAUGGACUGGAGUUUUACGUUUCCAUAUAUGCAAAAAAUAGUUCUAUAAAUGCCAUAAAAUCGCCCAUGGCUCAGAAUCUUUCUGAAUUUGAAUAAGUUAUAAUAGAAUAUUCUAAUAAAUACUACCACGCGUAA